GGCAGCGAAGACUCUUGCAUCAUCCGUGGCGCCAGUGAAAGCCCUCCACCUUUGGAGCCUAACUCUCUAUCACCACCUUCCACCUCUAGUCAUACCCCCUUGGCCGGUCCUCCAGAACAAUUGAGCUUCAUAACUCCUAAUUGUUUAACCAGUAGCAUCGAGGAGUCUGCACCUACCUGUGAAACCGCGACAGAAGUGACACCUUUAUUUGUCUCCAAUACCUUGUCUUCCUCGUCUUCUGAAUGUCCCUCCGCCUCUCUUAAUUACAACUCGUUGGGCUCACCCAAAAAUCACUUUCCAGAAACUCGACAUUCGUUUGGUGCCGAUUCUUCUAAUCUUUCGCCUUCUAACCUACCACUAACAAGAGAUAUCAGAACUAUGACUUCGAGCAACCAAGAGGGUAAUGCAGUCUUGAGAUACUAUCAGCUACAACAAAUGCCCCACUUACGCCUCCCACCUCCAGGCCCACGAAAGAAAACGACUAACAUUCCCCAGCUGCCCGGUCUGCUUUCCACCAGUCGUAAUAAGUCCGCUAGCUUGGCCUCUCGGCUAUCCUACGACUUCUCCAGCCAUGACAGAAACACCAUCCUGCAGCAGGGUAUUCGUGUUCAUCAGCUGAGCCCAUCGAAGCCUCUACAGAUUUCUGCUUGA